AUGUCGUGCGGUAAGGUACACCUUAACGCUGAUGAUCCAGCCAACACUUACCCGCUCUACGCCGCCGAACUGCUGCCGCCCAAGAGGCCGGGUACGGUGCGUGUCUGGGUUGAUGGGUGCUUCGACUUGAUGCACUUUGGCCACGCCAAUGCGCUGCGACAGGCGGCGUCGCUCGGUGAUGAGCUGCUGGUGGGCUGCCACUCGGACGCUGAGAUUAUACGCUACAAGGGGCCGCCGAUCAUGCACGAGGUGGAGCGCUAUGAGGCACUGCGCGCUUGCAAAUGGGUCAACUACGUUGUGGAAAACUAUCCGUACGUCACACGGCUGGCUGACAUGGACCGCUUUGAAGUGGACUUUGUCGUGCACGGCGAUGACAUCUCCGUCGACCUAAACGGGCGCAAUUCGUACCAGGAGAUCAUUGACGCUGGCCGCUUCAAAGUGGUGAAGCGCACCGAGAGCAUCUCCACCACUAACCUCGUUGGGCGUAUGCUGCUCUGUAGCCCCGGCAGUCUGCUGAGUGAGGAGGAGAAAAUGCUCCUCGCCGCCGAGACUUCUAAGCUCGGCGCCUUCCACUACCUGACCACGUCACGCAAGAUUGCGCAAUUCAGCAACGGUCGCAGCUCCAAGCCGGGUGACCGAAUUGUGUACGUGGACGGCAGCUUUGACCUGUUUCACUACGGCCACAUUCGCGUACUGCAGAAGGCGCGGGAGUUGGGUAACUACCUUAUCGCCGGUGUGCACGAGGACAGCGUAAUACGUAGGGCAAAGGGGAAGAACUUCCCUAUCAUGAGCCUCAACGAGCGCGUCCUAGGUGUGCUGUCGUGCCGGUACGUUGACGAAGUGGUGCUUGGUGCCCCCUACGAGGUGACGCGUGAGGUGAUUGAGAAUCUCGGUAUUAGCGUCGUUGUUGGUGGGAAGACGUGCGACGCCUACGAGAGUGGGGACUGCCACGACGCCUACGCGGUGCCUAAAGGGAUGGGCUGCUACCAGGAGGUGGACUCCGGCUGCGACCUCACCACUUAUACACUCAUUGAGCGUGUUGUGACCAAUGAGGUAGCGUAUCUUAAGCGGCAGGCUGCAAAGCGGGCGAAGGAUGAGAAAAACGCGGAGGCGAAGCUGGAACUCUACAAGAAUGUGACGGAGGUGUAG